AUGCUGGGAGACUCUGCAUCUGCGCUGGACGAGGAAGACCCUGUAAUUCAGCCCGUCUCCUCACCAGAGAGACUCACAUCCACUCUGUUUGCUGUCUCCGUUGCCAACGGUCGCGAGGGGAAAGCCCCUUACGAGAGGACGUCGAGUGCCACAACGCUACCAGCUUCGUUCAAGAUGGCUUCUUCUCCGGGUGUCAAUGGCGGGGGAGGGGGUGUGGUCAUCACAAAGAGAUGGUCUGGUCCAGGGAACGAUUCUGUCGGUAGCUAUGACUUGAGGUCAGAGGUCGGAGAGGCGGGGAGAGAGCGACGUAGCCGUCUGUCACCCGUGGGAGACCGAGGAGGGUGGAUGAGCAUCAGCUACGCCCACCCUCCGCGACAGAGGUCACCGGGGUCACCGAGCGAGGAGAGAGACGACGUGACAAAGGUUCGCAGGAGAAAGAAGAGGAGCGGCUCUGGUCAUGGAAGGUCGAAAUCUCGCUGGCACAGUUUCCAGAAAAGACACUGCUACCAACAGCUGCUGAAGCCAGUGAGAAUACUGGUACCAAUAGAAGAACUAUCGGCAGGGCAGAUAUCAGUUCUCCAGAAACUGAGUCUUGUGAAACUCACUGCUAUGCUGGAGCUCUAUGGCUGCCCUGUCAACAUAGUGAGGUGUCUAAGACGUAGACAGAAACAGCCUGAGAUCAAGGGGAAGAAUGUGUUUGGGUCUUCGUUAUCUGAGAAUGUGCGUCGCUAUGGUAACCCGCUACCUCCAACCAUACUGUGUGCUCUCCAGCAUCUCCAUGACAAUGGUCUGGAGACAGUGGGCAUAUUUCGGAGAGCCGCUGGAAAAUCUAGAGUGGGGGUCCUCAGGGGGCUCAUGGAGAUGAACCCAGAGUACUGUGAUUUCGAGGGCUACUCAGUGUACGACGUUGCAGAUCUCGUGAAGCAAUUCUUCAGAGAGUUGCCUGAGCCUCUGCUGACUGUCAGGUUUUCUGAGCUCCUCACCUCCAUCCAAGACAUAAUCCCCAAUCCACUGAGAGUCCAGAUGGUCCGGUGUGUAAUGCUCCUGUUACCAGACGAGAAUAGAUAUGCCCUCCACCAUCUCCUCUCUCUACUGGGGGACAUUGCCAUGAGAACUGACACCAACCAGAUGGACGCCAAGAACCUCUCCCUGUGUUUCUCGCCCUCUCUCUUCUCCCUCUCCUCCUCACCGCUCAGGCCGCUGGCCAACCCUGGCAACCCUUUCCCCCGCAUCCCAUCCCUCAAGAGACACACCAUCAACAACAGUGGGUCGCCUCUUUCCCUCUCCUCCACCAAGGAAGUCACUGAGACUGUGACGUCCAGUGGGUGUCUUCAACUGAUGAUCACUCAUCGCAGAGAAAUCUUUCAGGUGGCAGCUGAUCAGUACAGGUCGUCAAGUUUUCAUAUCUGGAGUCUGAGUGGCCCGUUCCAUCACCAACCCACCGCCAGCGACCAGUAUGAAUGGGGACCAGCAGUCCUUCCUCGACAGCUGACAUCACACCAUCUUGAAGGAGUCUCGAAAGGAGGUUCAAGGACUGGGUGGGAGUGAGGAGGUGAGGAAGGAGGGAGGGAGGGUGUGGAGUGUCUCAUGUGAGUGUGGGUGACGGAGUCCCCCUCUGGGUCUGGAGAGGAACUACUGACAUCCCUGCCGCCUCGCCCAAGACUGUCUUUGAGAGGAUCUGGUACCAGAGACAUGUGUGGGAUAAGACGAUGGUAAGCAGCUGGAAGGUCGCGACCCUUGACCCCCAGACGGAAGUCUUCCAGUACGUGACUAGAGCCACGCCCCCUCUCUGCGACCGGGACCACUGCCUGAUGAGGUCAUGGCACAGGGAUGUCCCCACUGGGCGAUACGUGAUAGUGGCGACCUCUGUGAGCCACCCACAGGCGGAGCUUCGGGCGGGGAUUCGGGCGGUCCACCUGGCGUCUCAUUUCCUCCUCCAGCCUUGUCCUCAUGGUACCACCGUCACCGCCAUUUCCAGAGAGGACUGGAGAGGCCAUAGCAGUGAGUACUACAACAGAAGUCUGGGGCCCUACCUGGUCUCAUCCACUCUGAGCAUGCUCAGAAACUCCUUCAGAGAACUUGACUUCCUGGAGACUCCAGUCUAGCCCCGCCCACUUACCGCACCCACCAUUCAAUCCACCACAUCAUCAUCAUCACAUCAUCAGUAUAAAAUCAUCGUACAUACAUUGUUAUAUAAAGGUUGAGGGAUAUAAUACCCAAGUCUAAAACUAAUAUACUAGUGUUGUUGGGAUAAGUAUCGCGCUAAACCGCUGUCGGCUUCCUCUGCUCUUUCCUUGUAACAGGCUUUUUCUGUUUCAAGAUCUUUUAUCUUGGCAAGCAUUGUUGCCGUCUUUUCCGCUUCAUCUGCUGAAAUUUUGUUGACUUCGGUUUUCUUAUCAUCGAGCUCCUUGCUAGCUGCUGCAACCUUUCCCUCAAGGUCCUUGUUGUGCAGAGUCAGCAUUGUGAUUGUGUUUUGCAUGUUUUCUCGAUCAACUUCCAUUUUCAUUUCCGCUUCACGUUUUUCUUCAUCCUUCUUUUGUAACUGUUCAAGCAAUUUUCUCUGCUCUUGCUCCUUCUUGUGGAUUGCGUUUUGUGUGAACUUGAUUUGCAAGUUGACUAGUUUUGUGGAUAGAAGAUCAGCCAUUUGACUCUUCCGAUAACCUGCUGAUUUACUCAUCUCUGAAAGCCGCUUGCAUAGUUCUCCAGCUGAGGGGCGUUGAAAGGACACAUCAUUCAAGCAGUCAACAGUGAGUUGACGCAUGGGGUGGUUGUCAUCAACUUUGUCCAAACUUAUCUUGUACCGUGUGACCUCAUUGAUUGUGGCAUCUUCUGGUUCGAGAAUCUUUGUCAGAGGCUGUGGCAUUUUGCGUGUGACGACGUGUAGAGCAAGAACACCGAAUGAGAAGCAGUCAAUGUCUUCGUUGUAAAUUCCACUGCUAAAUGACUUACGAGGCAGACCAACUGCAGCGCCAGAGCCCACAGAGAGCUCUGCUUCUGGUGCGUUCACCUGUAGUGAUGUUACCCCGCCAAUCUUCGCCCUGCCUCCCUUAACAAGAACAUUAGUUGCAUUCAGGUUGCUGUGAAUGAUGUUGUUCGAAUGUAGGUACUCUAGACCUUGGGCCACGUCACUGCAGAGGUCGAGCUGUGAGUGCAGUGGUAGUGGACUUUGGUGCGAUUUCUCGAGGAAAUCUUUCAAAUUAAGAUCCAUGAGCUCCAUUAUUAGAAUGGGCCCAACCACACUUUCAUCAUAGCAGAUGCCAAAAGGUAACACAAUGUUCGGAUGACGGAUAUUCUGCAAGAGCUUGCAGCCCCUCUCGAAAUCCUCAACUUGCCAUUUCGAACAUUUGCUGAGCUCAGGGUGGAUGUAUUUGGCUGCACAGGAAAGGCUGAGGAACUGAGCCUUACAGAUGACAGCACUGUCGCCAUUCAUUAUCACUUUGUGUUGGUGAACCUUAACUUGGCUGCAUGCAAUCACAGGAAGACCAUCUUCUGCUAGCCUUGAGCACUCAGAUGCAGAGCUGGACAACAGAGAGACAGACGGACGCAUCUGUCGCAUGUGUGAUCGGCUACCAGACUUUUGCAGAGCUGGCGGCGUCAC